AUGUCUGAGCCCAAUGUUCGUGCCUCCUUUGCAGAUAAUCGCCGUCCACUUACCAAAGUAAAGGGUCAACUGCUCAACAUGCCGCCGGUGAUCACAUCUGCACUGUAUGCGGCAUUCCCGGUUAUCUUUUUACUGGAUAAAGUACUUGCCUUUUUGACCUGGACAAACGAUGAUCCUUAUACCAAUUUUAUUGCCAUUGCAAUUUACAUCAUGGUGGUCAAGUACUGGACAGUAGUGGCGUGCACUGUCCUACCCACAAUCAUAGCUUUAGGCACGUGUGCCUCGCUGUGGUUCUUGAAGACCACCAUUGACGACUUGCGGUCGGAGACGGCCCCGCCCACAAUUGAGGAAAUUAUUGACACGCUUAUCAACCUACAGGCACGAUUCAGCUAUAUUGUCGAGCCAUUCAGCUAUUUUGGGUCCUUAUCCAGUUCUGACUAUUUCAAUCUAGGAUUCAGCCUUAUAGCUAUCACGCCUUGUUACAUUUGGCUCAUGACGCGAAUUUUCACAGUCAGAUCAUUUUUGCUUGUAUUUGGUGUUGCAUGUUUGUCGUUUUACUCGUCGUGGUCGGUUGCAACCCGGCAUCUUCUGUGGAGAAGCAUCGUCAUCCGCAAAAUACUUACGUUUACGACAGGUCUUAAAUUUUCGCUUGUCGAUAAGAACAUCGAACUGACAGUGCUCAAUGAUUUCCAGAUCUCAAAUAUUGGAACAGGCAAGACUGUAGAGUUCCAUAUCCUGCAAAAUCAGCGAAGAUGGCUCGGGGUUGGAUGGUCCAACACCUUGCUACCCUUUGAACGCGGACCUUUCACCACUGAAGAUUUAGAGAAGUCGUGGGACUCUCUUGAAAGUUUCCAAUUCCCAGAGAUUACACAAGCAACGUGCCGGUGGAGAUGGCUGGACGCUAAGUGGAAAACAGACGACUCUUUUGCGCCAGGAGAGGGGUGGAUAUAUUACAACAACAGCUGGGAAGAACCUUCGAACACAGACUCUCUCACAAGAUUUACACGCACCAAACGCUGGAAAAGACGCGCACUGGUGAUCGUCGAGGACGACGCAACCACCUAGCGGGAUUGCCGCUGCUGCGCGGUGCACGGAUGAGGUGUAGAGAUGUUAGGUUUUUGCGAUCGUUCCGCACCCAAUUUCUACAAAAAAUUUUCGACAAAAAGUUGUCGUGUAUAGAGGAGGCUGGGGAACCCAUUCAUUGAGCAGCAAAACAGGGAAAAUUAGUUGAGACUCGGUAUAUAAAGCGCGCUUAGCACCCUAAUCGCACCGACAGCUAAUUGUGAUCACCAAAAAACGCACUUUCCCUUGGUUUUUCCGUGUUUUUGAAGUGCUUAAUUUCCCCCCAGUGGCGCAAAGUACGACGAUAAAAUUGGGUGGUGCACACCUAAAACAUACAGAACAGAAUGGCACCGGACAUUGUGGAGACUAAAGCAUCCGGCUCCAGUGCUUCUUUUUCCAUGGAUCGGAUCCGGCUUGAAGCCAUUGAGAGCCGACGUCAAGAAUGCACCAAGGCGAUCAAUGACAGGAAACGCAAACUGGCUGAGCUUUAUUGCGUCUCGCGUCUUCCGCUUCUGCCUAUAUCCAAUGACCAGGUUUUACAGAUCGAGGACAAGCUGAUGGCUUUUCUGGAAAAGAACGAUUUGGAAAAUGGACAUGAGUUCAACAUUGCCAUUUUAUCUCAUGAAAACCAGCAGAGACGACUCUCGCCUCCCCAGAAUCAGAGCGCAACAGAGACAUCAGAGAUCAAGGAGCCUGCUACAAAGCGUCAGAAAGUGGAAGUUCAGGGUAGCGAGCAGGAGCCGGGUUUGCUGGAAGCACAAAAGAAGAUACAGGGAGCAGCAUUGGCCACCAGAGAAGCACUUUCAGACCCGUCUCGUCAGGAAGGGUCUCUAUCGUCUCUGAUCCACUCCUAUGAACAAGUCCAGCCGCCUAGACGGAGUGACGAGAAGUCUAAGCGCGAUUUGGACUAUGAAAAUCUCGACUUAGAUCAGUUGAUGAUCAUGCUAAUGCCCGAGCUCAAGCCCCAUAAAGUACCAGAGGCUCGCUCCUUGACAGAACUGUAUUAUCACCAGCAAACAUUACAGCUACCGAAGCUGUUACUUAGGGCUCACAAGUCGCUUACGACAGACUCUUAUGAGACAGCUUUGGUAGAGGGGAAGAUUUCUGUAUUGUAUUCACGCAUGGAGGAAUUGAAACGCAAACACAGUUGGUCUCUGAGACAGCCGAAGAAGUUUUUGGACCCCUUUUUGGCUACCGGAAAGAAAACGCACUGGGAUUAUCUUUUGUCGGAGAUGAAGUGGCUGGCUACUGACUUCAAGCAGGAAAGACGGUUCAAAAUGGCACAAUGCCAUUACAUUGCCCAGGCCUUCAAGGAGUUUUGGAAAUAUGGUAAAGUGUGCUGUGUGCGAAGAAGACCAGCUCGGCUUCUCACUGAGAAAGAGAUCGAAGAACGGACAAUGUCAAAAGACUUGGAACUUCCAAAAAGUUCUGAGGCUGCUGAAGUUCCAGAGAAAGCUGAAGAACCAGCGGAGCCCACCCAAGAUGAAGGCAAUAAACUGGAUGAUGGUGCUACCGCGCAGAUCGAGUCAAUCACUGUGAAACCAGAGUUGGAAGAGAAUGCUAAAACGCAGGUGUCCGAGGAUAAUGUGGAAACGACCAAGGAAGGUAUUACCAGCGAUAGUACAGAGCCUGCUCAGAACACCGAGGCUUCAAUAGAAGAGCAGCCUUCUAUCAAUCCAUCUCUUCUUCUUACGUUCAAUGAUACCGUUUAUUCUGGUGAGGAAUAUGAACGAGUGAAAAGACAUAGGGAAGACAUUCAGCCAUUCAAGAUGUAUGCGGAUUUAAAUCAAUUCAACAAAACUGAGACAGCUGUUAUUGAAUGUUUGUCUACUUACGCCCCAUUUAAAGAAUCUGAGAAGGACCAUCUUAUCGAACGCUGUGAAUACGGACACAUCUCUUCGAUGCUUCCUCCAGCUGACGAGGAGCCAGAUUGGGAAAAGAUAAGAAACACAGUGUUCCUUACCAGAAAGGUUUAUUCUCUCCAGCUUACAGGCGUUUCAACAUUUUGA